CGUGUGGGCAUGCUGGGAGUCGUAGUCUAUUCUCUACAUCACUGUUAAUACACUCCGCCUCUUCCUGGCCGGGCUUGGAAACCCCGUGCGCGACCAGAGAGUCCUCCUUUCCGGCGGCCGCCAUUUGGGGAGCGGGAGCGUGGUGCCGCCAUCAUGCAGAUCUUCGUGAAGACCCUGACGGGGAAAACCAUCACCCUAGAGGUUGAACCAUCCGAUACUAUAGAAAAUGUCAAAGCCAAGAUCCAGGAUAAGGAAGGAAUUCCUCCUGACCAACAGCGUUUGAUAUUUGCUGGCAAACAGUUGGAAGAUGGACGCACUCUGUCUGAUUAUAACAUUCAGAAGGAGUCUACCCUCCACCUUGUGCUGAGACUUCGUGGUGGAGCAAAGAAGAGGAAGAAGAAGUCCUACACCACCCCUAAGAAGAACAAGCACAAGAGGAAGAAGGUGACGCUAGCUGUCCUUAAAUACUACAAGGUGGAUGAAAAUGGGAAAAUCAGCCGCCUGCGGCGAGAGUGCCCUUCAGAGGAAUGUGGGGCAGGAGUGUUCAUGGCCAGCCACUUUGACAGGCAUUACUGUGGCAAGUGCUGCCUGACAUACUGCUUCAACAAACCAGAGGACAAAUAAAAUGUGUCUUUUGUUAUAAUAAACACAUUUAAACUGCACAA